ACCUUGAAUGGCCAACAACUUAGCUGCGGGUCGUAAUUUUUGAACUUCAUUAGAGGCCUUUGAAUGAAUUUCAAUCUCGAUCAAAUUCUGCUUGGAUUAACUAAUUUCACUCUAAAGCACAGGUUGCAUAGAGAAGACAAUACAUGUUUGGUUACUUGGUCUGGUCGGGUUUUGUGAGUGUGUGUUUGUUUAUGUCAAUAUCACCACCCCCUUGGCGCUCUGGCCCACUGUUUCACACCGCAAGAUGAACAUUGUCGACUGCUCUCCGAUUCUCUAUGUUGCACGGGGUCAAUUUCAUGAAUUUCCCUUUAAAUCCACUUUCUCAAUAGGGUCGAAUUCCUCUCUUUUAUUCUUGUGAAACUCUUCAAAAGUGGAAAAAGUAUUGCCAUCUGUGUGGCCGCCGGUAAUGUGAGAGGCUUUGAUCCUGGCUGUGUUUUAACACAUUACAUUAUACCCCGUGCUUGGUAUAUUUCAUAGUAUUUCAUGUAACGUUGUUAACGCUUGACGUCUACCCGGGAUCUUCUUCCACCGGCACUCAUGCUGCUGCCGGUAAUUUAUGGUCAUCCAGCCAGUUCGGUGAACACCUCGAGAGUGCUCGAGAAUUAAUAACUCAGCCCUCAAGAGUUUCCAUAGUGGCAUAGCGGAGUCCUCUGAACCAUCAAAAGUGGUCGGACGCCAAAGGCGUCAUUAACAGCAUUAACCCUCUUUAUCAUGCUAUCUGGACAUCGUGUCCGGUGUGUGGACUCGAGAGACGCCGCGUGGUCAUCAGUCGUGCCCACGAAGUGAGCCUGACCGGCACUGUAACUGUAUUUUGUUCCGCUAUAAACUUACUAGUUGACAGACACAGCGUAUGCAUGUGUCAUCAAGGUUAGGACGUGAGAGGGUGUUGGAAAUUAAAAGACUUGUAACUGACGAAAUCUAGUGUGAAUCUACAGAGACAGCACGACAGACGUCGAGAAUAAAAAUGGCAACCAUGAGGACUUUAACUGUCUGGUUCCAAUUAUUCAUCCUCCCUGUGACCGUGUAUGGAGUUUGCAAUUUCCCAGAUUUUCUCCAGCCACACCCAGACAUUCCGGGUAGCCACUGGCUGUAUAAAGUUAUGGACCAAAACAAUGAGAGGUCGUUUACGGCAGUGCAAACCAAAGUUUACUUCCAAGGCGGUUCUAUGAUGGUGAAAGUGAAAGCCGGUCGUCGUGCCAGAAACCCACCAUCUCCUUAUAACCGCACGUGUGAGGAAGUCGUUAACGGUGACAAAUUCUUAGUGCGCCAUAAAGACUCUACCGGAGUAAUGAAGUAUACUUGUAUGCAAUUUAUACAGAGAACCAGGAACGUCGUUCAAAUGAAGGAAGCUGAGCUGAGCUCGACUUAUGAUAUAUCUUUGUGCGACGACCAGAAUCUGCUUUUGGACGACUGGCCAAUGCUGGAGGAGCGCGACGUCCGGACCAACUACCAUAAGUGUCCGCUCAUGGACGGUUUCGAUCUGGAAAUAUACGACAAUAAGAAGAACAGAGAACUUUGCGCAGAUGAAUUCGUCCCUCCCCGCAUGGAAAGCGAGUGUCUGGUGGGCGAAGGAAUAGUUUUUACAUUCCCCGGUGGCGGAAGAUGUAUGAUGAGGACUCUUCUCUUGAAUUCGGGUGACGCCGUCCACUGCCUGGCUAGCUGGACUGAAGGGCCAUACACAUUUGCAGUGCUCCGUCAUGCUAAACGCACCUACUACUGGGGUCUACGUUUCCCAACCCGAGGAGGAUCCUCCUUCACCGCUCAUCUCAUGAAGGAUGUUGUGUUUGACCGCGGAGCCAGUUUCUCACAUACCAUGAAUUACCUUACUCUAACCAUGACAAGUAUGAAACUGGGCGCUCUCUGCAAGGACGCGUUUCCAAAGUGUACAACACUGGUCGGCUCCUGCACUGACGAGGUGGUGGCCAAACACUGCCCUGCUACUUGUGGCCUCUGUUCUCCAGAUACUUACCCCACCUUCCUCGAUUUCCCGUCAGGUUUCCGAGGAGAGUGGAUCAAGUCCACAGCACGGGGUCAAGCAUCCGUCAAAAUAAACACCAACACGAUCAACAUCGAGAACUUUGCCACAUUUCAACCGAUUCAGCUGAGUGGCCAAGUAGCAAACAACCUCUAUCCCGUAGUCACCUCUUUCGCCAACGGAUGUCGCCCGCGUUUUUCUUGUCUUAAUAUGGAGAAUGUUACUCGAUCGGUCAUCCAGUACAGGGUAGGAAUUAGUAUUAAUUGGCCUCUGUUCUCUUCCGAAACCUUGUGUGACACCAGAAGUUUCCGUAGUGAUCUACCUCCACUCUUUGACACUUACAGAAGUGAGCUCCUCCGUAAUCUCGUAAGAAAGUACAACACGGAAACAGUUCCGUGUGAUCUCCGGGCAAACUAUUCCUUCACAACUCAAGUCGAAGGCGCCGCUUGUAAAGGGAACUUGGCACAUAAAUCCUGCUAUAACCAAAAAGAGAUGACGAUGAAGUUAUCAGACUGUUCGGCUAGCCCUUCUACAACUACAUUUUCUUGUCUCGCUUCGUACGACGGGUCUGGCGGUGGACAAUUCAUUGUUACUGAAGACAAAGCAACGUCUGAGAUACAGUGUUGGAACUUCCCUAUUGAUAAACCUGGCACUGCGUAUGCCAGUAUGGCAGGGGAUUGUGACGACCAAACUGCCUUGAGGUUUGGCCUCGGCAUUGGGGCUUCACCGGAAUAUGUUCUUGAGAAAAUGACAUCCACAGAAGAGGACUGUAAGGACUUGCCAUCAACCACUAAAGCUACUACCACUACAGAAAAAAUAACCUCAAAACCUGAAGGGACUAAGAAUCCACCAUAUAAGGUCGAAACCGACAAACCUAAAUCCACCAGCAAGCCUGGGUCAGUAGGUGCAGUAGGUAAUGGUUCAUGCAGGACAUUCUACUUAAACCAGUAUCUAAUAAUUAUCUUAUUAUUACCAGUGCAUAUAUGGCGGACAUACCUAUCAUAGUAUGACAUUUUAAAAACGGAACCGCGCGGGGUCUCAAGAAUCCAAACUAGCUCCGCGCAUAAUAGAGGAAGAUAGCUCUAUUGGUGGUUAAUCCAACCAAUGAAUGCUCAAGGCUUGUGCAAUAUGCUACAUUCCCCGCACUCGCCGUUGGUGGUUGUGAGCAAGUCAGGGGGAAUACAAACGCGUGGUAGCUGACCCAAAGUAAAGGACGUGCGAUUAAAAAGACACUUGGGUUCUUCUACUACAUAGCAAAGCAAAGGCCUUGCGUUUGAUGUUACCAUUAUUAUACUAACAACCAGAAAGCUUUGAGAAUGUGGCAUUUGUAUGAAGAUAGGAAAAACAAACCCUUUUGUACUAUUAAUGUUGUAGGUUUUUUAUUUCGCUUUUCAUGCGGUUUUUGUCAAUAUGUAAAUAUGUCCCUUUUUACUUGGUAUAUUUUAUUUUCGUUAACUGUAACUAAUUAUUGCGAUUCUCAUAAUUUGGGGUAGGGGUAGACACGAUAAGCAGUAGGGUUCAUAAGGGUCUGAAGCCACGUGCCCCGCGCAACAGUUACAAAAGGACCAAUGGACAAUGCUUGUCUUAAUAUGUACCUCGUGAUCCGAAUUUAUUAAUUUUUUGUCUUCAGUGUUAAUGAAUGUUGUUGGUAAAUUGAAAGAUUGCGUAGUGGACCUGGCACAGGAUUGAUGUGCAAGCAUGUCAUUGUCAAGAUCCUUUCUUCCCUCUGAAUCGUGUCUUCUGUUAAGAAAAAUGAUGUAAGUAGCAUAGAAAUAUGUAACAUUUGUGCAAUGAUAGUGUGAAUGCUCUUCAUUGAUUGAAGAGCUGAGAAGCCUCGUAUGCCAAUAUUGAAAUUUUCAUAUAUUUAAAAUCUAUUCAGUCUGUAGGUAAUAUUCUUAUACGUGUACUGGUGAGACCGAUGUUAACGAGUAAUGUUGCUCACACGAGAGAAUAAGUUUAAUGUAGUGUAUCUGUUCUUGGUGUUCUAAUAAUAUGUAUGACAUAUAUCGGGACUAUAUUGUGUACAGGCACCCCGAUAUUAUAACAUACCUCAGCGUUAUAUAUCAUAUACACUAUUACUGUCUAUGUGCCUAGGCAUCCCCGAUAUUAUAACAUAAAAGUAUUACGUAGCGUAGGUCAUGUUUUCGAUAAUUUGAUAAUCUGUGUCGAAGUUACAUCUUUGUUAUCAUGUCACAAUAUUUUUAAGGAACAAAUAGCAUUUAUCCGAUUGAAAUAGGCACCAUUUCAUAUCAUGUCACGGGGUGGUGAAAUUGAUAGACAAGAAGGUUACAAAUCACACAGGUUCAGGCGACAUGCUGGUAGGUCUUCACAAGGUAACACUGUGUAUAUAUAAAAACUUCCAUAAGGAUAAAAAUUCAUAACAUUACUUCUCAAGAAGCCACGAUAACUGCUAAAUUUUAAGCAAAUGUAGUGACGGCUAAAAGCACACCAUUUCCUUCCUUACGUCAUCGUGUUGAUCACUGUAACAUUUAUCAUAAUUAUCUUUAUUACCAUGCAUUUGAUUAUGUAUGUGUCAUGAAGAAGACAUUGAUUGUGAGAAAUGGACAGAAUGUCUCCUCAUAUUGACUUGUAUUUUCUCCCGUUGCAUGCGGGUUCCAAAUUUAACAGUGAAGCAGAAUUGUUCGAAAAUCCAACGAAAUUCAAGUUAGAAAUUCUUCGUCCCAUGAUCUUUUACAUUUGGAACAUCUUGUAUAUGGAUCUCAAAAGGCCGCCAUAUUGGACGGCUGUAUUACCUCAGAAAUGUGUGUAUAUAUAUUUCUCUCCAAGGUAGUACAUGUGUAAAAAAUCAUAUAUAGGGGAUUCUUUUGCUCAGAUACGAAAAAUUGAGUUUCAUCCAUCUUAACGUUAUUUUAUUACGGAUUUAAUCAAGGCGGGCUGUAGAAAUUAUACAUCUGUUUUAGAUUCAUUUUGUUAUACGACGUUGAGAAUACGUGACUCACAUAGUUUUCCAAACUACCUUGUAUAUUUUGACAUAUGAUAAUACACAUUUAGGGGAAUUGUGAUUGGAAAAACCAACAACACGUUCUAUGUACAUCACUAUGUCUUCCAUAGACAAAGAGAUUCUCCUUCAGAUUUUUGUAGAAACGCAUACGCAUGCCAUCCCUUUUGAUAUGCAAAUCAUUCCAUUUUAGAUGACUAAAUGGAUCGGAUUACGUAAGUGUCGUCUGCUGGGAGGCGAGUUAUCUACAUGCAUGGCUAGGCCACAAUGUUCAUUAGAAAAUAAUAUGAUAACAAAUCUCAAAGUGAGUUGUGUAGGCAACUUACAAUAUUUCAUGUUGACUUAGUCGUUACAUUUCCAGAGGAGUAUAAACAAAUGUCGACUCACGUUUAAUCCGAGUCGGUUUUGUAGCGUUUGAUUUCUUUUUCACAGUGGUACCAGUACUGCGGCGAAGUAACGCAAAGUAUAAAACUUACAAAGAUAGGCCCUUUCAAUGAGACAUUGUCAUGGGGCAAGUGUUAGUUUAUCGUAGAUUUCGAUGAUGUAUGGUAAUAUGUUAUAAUCUUUAUAAGUGAUGAAUAAAUGGAUUUUUAUGAUA